UUUUCAAGUAUGGGACUCGUUGCAGGUAUAAGAAAAAGAAAUAUUGAUGAACAUUUGAGAACUGCUUAAGAUCAAUAAUCCUUACUGAAGUUUCAAUUUGUUCGGUUUACAUUACAUGUGUAGGGACUUUCGACGUAUAUAAGAACAAUGCUUUCUACACAAGCAAUUCUGAGUGCUAUUGGAGUUGGUGAGAAAUCCGCCACUAUUAUCGGUGCAACUUUUCAGUGGUUCUUGAGAGAUCUGACGGGAAUGCUUGGAGGCAUAUUAUUCACCCUUUACCAGGGCUCAAAUCUUGAUAGUAAUGCUAAAAUGUGGCGUUUGGUUGCAGAUCUCAUGAAUGAUUUAGGUAUGUCGAUGUUUCUUUUAGAGAAAUUGUUUUGCAGUAAUGACUGCAGAUCUUUCUCUCUGAGUUUCUACAUGAUGCUUGCUGAAUCGAUGCAACGAUGCUUGUUGAAUUGGUAUAUUGAUGCUUGUUGGUUGCUGUUGUCAAUUACUCACUGA